UAUGCUUGCUAGAGCAAGGCUUUAACAAAGCAAUGGGGACUCCACCAAACGUGCUGCUAAGAGUCUAAAAAACACCAGCAACUAAACGCGUUUUAACGGAACGGAAGAAAUCAUCCGCCUUUCUCGGCAGUGGAAAGCUUGUCAACUCAGGAGAAAGGAGCGAUGGACCCGAGAGAUACAGCCCCGGAUUCGUGGGAGCUGGAGGAGGAUGCCGAGGCCCCGGCUGCCGCGGCGGGGCUCCCUACCGCCUUCGCCGCCCUCAACGUCAACGCCAAGCCGUUUGUCCCCAACGUCAACGCCCCGGUGUUUGUACCGAGCUUCCUUCAAACCAGCGCUGCGGAAAUGCCGGCUUCAGACGGUGCCCCUGAUCCAGUUGCCAGCAUGGAGGUAGCAGAAACAGCCGCUCCGGUGGAGAACGGAGGCACGGAGGCAGACAUGACCACAGAGGAAGAGACGUGGGAGCAGAAGGAGGAGCCCGGAGGAGGCGGAGGAGGUGGAGGACAGGAGGAACUCGGGGAAGGAGGAGCAUGUGAGGAAGGAGCCGCGAGGAAGGAGGAUGAGGAGAUGAUGGAGGAGGAAGAGGAGGAGAUGCCUGUACCCAAAGUGGCUCCGGCACCGCCAGACGCCCCCAAGAAAGAACACGUGAACGUGGUCUUCAUCGGUCACGUGGAUGCCGGAAAAUCAACUAUCGGAGGACAGAUCAUGUACUUAACUGGAAUGGUGGACAAGCGAACCCUGGAAAAAUAUGAAAGAGAAGCGAAAGAAAAGAACAGGGAGACAUGGUACCUGUCGUGGGCUCUGGACACGAACCAGGAGGAGAGAGACAAGGGGAAGACAGUUGAGGUUGGCAGAGCUUACUUUGAGACUGAGAAGAAACAUUUCACCAUCCUUGAUGCCCCCGGACACAAGAGCUUUGUCCCCAACAUGAUUGGUGGAGCGUCACAAGCUGACCUGGCAGUCCUGGUGAUUUCUGCCAGAAAGGGGGAGUUUGAGACCGGUUUUGAGAAGGGUGGACAGACACGGGAACACGCCAUGCUGGCUAAAACAGCAGGAGUUAAGCAUCUCAUUGUCCUGAUUAACAAGAUGGAUGACCCCACUGUCAACUGGAGCCUAGAAAGGUAUGAGGAGUGCAAGGAGAAGCUGGUGCCAUUUCUGAAGAAGGUGGGCUUCAACCCCAAGAAGGACAUCCACUUUAUGCCUUGCUCCGGACUCACAGGUGCCAACCUCAAGGACCCUGUACCUGAAUGCCCCUGGUACACGGGUUUGCCAUUUAUUUCCCACCUGGACAGUUUGCCAAACUUCACCAGAUCCAGCGACGGACCAGUCAGACUACCUAUCGUAGACAAGUACAAGGAUAUGGGCACGGUCAUUCUCGGGAAGCUGGAGUCUGGAUCCAUUAGUAAAGCCCAGCAGCUGGUCAUGAUGCCAAACAGGCACACAGUGGAGGUACUGAGCUUGCUGAGCGAUGAUGUGGAAACAGACGAUGCAAGUCCAGGGGAGAAUCUGAAGUUGAGGCUGAAGGGGAUCGAGGAGGAAGAAAUCCUGCCUGGUUUUAUCCUCUGUAGCCCUGACAACCUCUGCCACUCUGGUCGCACCUUUGACGCACAGAUCGUCAUCAUUGAGCACAAAUCAAUCAUUUGUCCCGGUUACAAUGCAGUCCUUCACAUCCACACCUGCAUUGAAGAGGUGCAAAUCACAGCCUUAAUCUGCCUGGUGGACAAGAAAACUGGGGAGAAAAGCAAAACACGACCACGCUUUGUUAAGCAGGACCAGGUGUGUAUCGCCAGGCUCCGGGCAGCAGGAGUCAUCUGCUUAGAGACCUUCAAAGACUUCCCUCAGAUGGGACGAUUCACGCUGCGAGACGAAGGCAAAACUAUCGCCAUUGGCAAAGUGCUGAAGCUGGUGCCAGAAAAGGACUAAAUGCAACAGUGGCAGCUUGCAUGGAGUUCUUCCACUCGUUACCAGAGGAGAAACGCUGCUAGAGCCGACCCAAACAGCUACUCUCUUUACACACAACUAUGCUAAAGAGAAGAACAACGACAACAAGGAGUGAAGAAGGAGAAUAAAAUUUUGUCCAAUGAAGAAAACAAGACUGAAUCAGUUUUUAUGAUGAACAAUAUGAAACGAGAGACCAAGUCCAGUGUGUCAGCUUUCUCAUAUUGAGAGCUCAGCUAUGCCACUAAUGUAGCUACAUGCCCCCCCUUCUGUACUCCCACAGCUGACCACACGGUCGGCUGGCCACGCCAUUUGUUUUUAGAAUGGAGAUGGAUGCAGUGUUACUGAGUUUGGGGAAGAAAAACAAAAACUACAGAAUGAUUUCAUAUCCUGGAAAAGAGCAGAGUUAGCCCGUAAUUAUAAUUUGCAAAGUACAUCUCCUUUUUGUUUUGUUUUUUAAGAGUGGGAUUAAGAAUCCAAUGGACAUUUUAUUUGGUUUUAAGGAUUGCUGUACCAAAAUUUUUAGUUUGGUCUCUCUCCACAUGAGAUGGUUUAAUUGGAUUGAGCUCACAUACUACUCUGAUGAACCAAGGAUAAACACACUCACACAGACAGACACACACAGCUGUUCCAUAAUCUAAACCUAAAAUAAAUGAUCAAGCUGCAACGGAAAA